AAAAAAAAAAAAACUCAACGCAACCAACUCACAGAGAUGCAGUGCUUAAGUUUCUAAACAUCCCAACGGAUUUCCCACCACUUUUUCAUCACGAAGUUUGCGAAAACCAUCAAAGGACUUUAAACAUAUUUUGUUUCUGGAUCUACACCAUUUCAGAAAAAAAAAUGCCACGAUCGUUUUUGGUGAAAAGUAAAAAGUCCUACAAUGUGCACCGACCCAUCGACACGGAGCAAAGUGAACAGAAAGUCCCGGACCCAGCACCCAAAACAAUCCCAGCACUGGUCCCUUUGGAACCAAAGGAGCGUAAUUCCCCAGACCGGCCCCAGGUAGAUUCCCUCUCUCGACCUUCCCACAGAGACCCGUAUGACUUCAUCAAGUGUGAGCGAGAGCCCGACUGCCCAGUACCAUCUCUACCUGAGCUGUCCGUCACAACCAGACGGCCAUUUUACUUAUCUGAGCCUCAGUUGGCAGAGUUUCCUUCCUACUACAAGAGCUCUUAUGCCUGGGAUCAUGUUCCCACUACAUAUGACUUCAGGCAGAUGGGCUUCCCUCCAUCGCUCCUGCAGCACGCCAGCAGCCUGUACGGCGCUCAUCUGAAGCAGAGCUCGGAGACUCCACAGCCACUGGACUGCAGCACACACUACUCACCUACGUCCAACACCUACCACUGCAUUACCUGUGAUAAGGUGUUUUCCACCCCUCAUGGACUAGAGGUUCACGUCAGGCGUUCUCACAGUGGCACACGUCCCUUUGGAUGCAGCAUCUGCAGAAAAAGCUUUGGCCACGCAGUUAGCUUAGAGCAACACAUGAACGUCCACUCUCAGGAAAGAAGUUUCGAGUGCAAGAUGUGUGGAAAGACCUUCAAACGCUCCUCAACGCUGUCCACUCACCUGCUGAUCCACUCGGACACACGGCCGUACCCCUGCCAGUACUGCGGAAAGAGAUUCCACCAGAAAUCCGAUAUGAAGAAACACACCUACAUCCAUACAGGUGAGAAACCUCACAAAUGUCAGGUGUGUGGCAAGGCCUUCAGCCAGAGCUCCAACCUCAUCACACACAGUCGCAAACACACCGGAUUCAAGCCGUUCGGCUGCGAGAUCUGUUCCAAAGGCUUCCAGAGGAAGGUAGAUCUUCGCAGACACCACGAGAGCCAGCACAGCCUUAAAUAACGGAGGUUGCACAUGGCGUGGCGGACAGCGGGGAGGAAAUGAAGACCACCAAUGGCUGUUGAUUGACAGAAAAAAAGACUCAUGUUAAAGGGAUAGUUCUACAUUUAAGAAUCAUAAAAAUGACAAAAGCACACAACAAAAUUACCUAAGCUGAAAUCACUUGCUCACCCUCAUGUUGCUUCAAACCUGGAUGAGUUUCUUUCCCCUGUUGAACACAAAAGAAGAUAUUUUACAGACAGUUGACAGCCAGUCCAUAGGAAGUCAGUGACCGUCUUGUAACCUACAUUCCUUAAAAUCUCUUCUUUUGUAAAAAGAGAAACUCAUGCAGGUUUGGAACGAGUAAAUGAUGACAGCAUUUUCAUUAAGACCUUUCAAUUGAUUUCAAAAUGACUUUAUUUUACCCAUUAACACAUCAGAACUGUAAUCUAACAAGCGGAAAGUCCAUCGAAUGAUUUAAAUGUCCACUAUUAAAUGAAAUCCACAUGCCAGGUACUGCCACUAUGAAGGAGUUCAAACAUGCCUUUCAUUUUCUUUUCUUUUAGUAUAAAAAGUAGUGAGAUUUAGUUUUUUUGUCAUGUUAUUUAUAGAAACUCUUAUCACAAAAAUUGUACUAAAUAAAUACAAUUGUUUAAAAUCAGA